CGUAGAACAGUGUAAAUCCUGUGGUGUGUAUUGCGCCUCGCGUAUGCGACUUUCAGACGCGACGUGCGAUUAUCGUCACGAGUCAUACGGGUCGAGUGGCGCCUACUCGACAUUAGUCCGCGAUUUCUCGCCGAUCGGGAGUUGCUGUCGUCGCUGCUUCCGUGUUAGACUCUAUUGAGAUUCCCGGUUGUCAUCGGCAACGUAUUCGAUAGCGUACGCGUUUACAUUUUACAUACGUGUAUAAUAUACAUCGAGAAGUCGGGAACACACCGUCAUUCGAUCGACGCGCGACCUCUCGUUGGCGUAACCUCUCGUCUUCCUCGGCGGCCUCUUCUCGCCCUUCUCGCUGGGACAGGUUUCGGUUUCGUCAAGAUGGCCGAGAAGAGCGGCUCGCCGGCCGCUGCGACCGCUGAGGAACAGCAGCCGCAGCAGUUUCUGUCGAACUUCAUCGCCGAGAUCGUCAAGAGCCCGGUGAACCUCGCCCUGGUGGGCCUGAUCGCCAUCCUCGUCUACAAGAUCGUCAAGAGUCGCACGAAGACCGAGGAACCGGUACAGGAGGUGAAGAAGCUGCCCAAGCUGCGACGCGAUUUCGCGAUCGAGGAACUGACCAAGUACGAUGGCAAAGGUCCGGAUGGCCGGAUACUGGUCGCCGUCAACGGCAGCGUUUACGACGUCACCAGAGGCUCCAAGUUUUACGGCCCUGGAGGACCAUAUGAAGCAUUUGGUGGUCGAGAUGCUAGCAGAGCACUAGCAAGGUUUGCGGUAGAUGCAGCGACAGAUAAAUAUGAUGACUUAAGCGAUUUGAAUACUACAGAAAUGAAUUCUAUCAAGGAAUGGGAAGAACAGUUUAAAGAGAGAUAUGAUUACGUUGGAAAAUUAUUAAAGCCUGGCGAAGCACCCACAAAUUAUUCAGACGAAGAAGACGAAGGUAGCCAACAAGAGACUGAAACAAAAUCGGAGAGUUUUGAAACAGAAACAAAAACAGAUCAUAGUAAGACUGAGGAAAAAUCAAAGAGCGAUUGACCACAUGAUUGUACAUUGGAGGCAGAACUUUUUCGGAAGCACAUUACGCACACACUGUUGUUACAGAAAUUUUUGAAAUUAUCGCUCAUGAAUAUAUUUCUGGACAUUCAA